AUGGACACUCCAGCCAAUGCCCUCCCCUCGACCAUGAGGUCAUGGAUUGUCGGGAAGAACGGCCCGCCCGCAGACGCUCUCCAACUCGUGCCUGAUGUCCCCGUACCCACCCCUCAAGGAGCUAACGCACUGAUCAAGGUGGCCUACGUCUCUCUGAAUCCAGCUGACCUUCAGUUCAUGAAGAAGAUCCCCACGCUUCUUCCCUUCCGACGGCGCCCUGUUCCGGGCCUUGAUUUUUGCGGUGAAAUUGUCGCGCUUGGUCCUUCAGCUACCGCGACAGCCGCAACCCACAAGUUCGAAGUGGGAAGUGUCGUUUGUGGAGCUAUCCCCGCGGGGAGCGUCGCCGUUGGCGUUGGAACGCUAGCAGAGUACAUUACCGUGCCGGUCGAGAUCCUCUCGUUGAAGCCGGAUGAUCUGUCAGAUGCUGCUAGCUCCGGGUUAGGGAUAGCUGGGCAGACGGCGGCACUUGUGAUGAGCGAGGCCAACGUACAACCCGGCCAGAGGGUCCUCAUUAACGGAGCUAGCGGGGGUGUAGGGACAUUUCUUUGCCAGAUAGUUACUGCUCGCGGCGGAGUGGUCACAGCAGUUUGCUCCGGCUCCAAUGCCGGGCUGGUACGGAAGUUGGGAGCGGUUGAGCAGGUUGUGGACUAUAUACUGAACAGCCCUGUCUACUACCAUCUCGAGACGGAGUACAGUGAUAAUCCAUUUGACGUAAUCAUUGAUUGCGUCGGCAAUCAGUUCCUCUACGACAUGUGCGAACCUUACCUCAAGCCGACUGGCAUCUUCUUGAAUAUCGUCGGCGGGGCCACCGAAGGGGUUGUCCCUUGGGUCAAGGGAACGCUCUGGCCCAAAUUUCUUGGGGGUACUCCCCGCCGGUACAAGAUCCUAGCUCUCAUGCCGAGCGGUAACCUUCAGCGCGAGGUAGUGCAAUGGGUAAACGACGGACUCGUGCAGGACGUCCCCAUCGACUCCCAGUUUGCCAUGGAGGAUGCUAUCAAGGCAUAUGAAAAGUUGGAAACAAAAAGGGCUAAGGGGAAGAUCAUCGUCAAGGUGGCCUCUUGA